ACUACUGAUCAGAAUUGGUCUUUCCUCACCCCAUUAUAGACACACAUAUUCCAAAUAAUUCAACUGAAUGAUAUUACAAAGGCUCAACAAGUUAGCCCCCAUCCAAAAAUACUAAGUCAGAGGCAAUCUUUACCAGAUUGAUGUAUUAACAUUUACAUUUACGUCAUUUAGCAGACGCUCUUAUCCAGAGCGACUUACAAAUUGGUGCAUUCACCUUAUAGCCAGUGGGAUAACCACUUUACAAUGUUUAAAAAAAAUGUUUUAUAUAAAGGUAUUAAAAAACCUUUUAUUGAAUUGACAGACAUCUCCAUGUAGGGAAGGUAAUGAGUGAUAAACGUGUCUGUUCACCACUACCGUAAAAAGACAGCUGAAGCAAGCGCACGUUUUCGUCAAGAAAUGUACCCUUUUUUUUCUCUUCCUGUUUUAAAAUUAUUUCUAAUGUAUCUCUUCUCCUAUAGGCUACCGUGUGAUCUACACCCCGUCCGUAGAGGGGAGCAACAACGGCGCUGCAACGGAGCUGACCCUGCCAGACACGGCAACCUCUGUGACCUUGAGCGACCUUCGACCCGGCCUGCUCUACAACAUCAGCAUCUACGCAGUAGAGGACAGUCUGGAGAGUGAGCCUGUCUUCGUACAGGUCAACACAGCCGGAGACCCCUUACCGGGUAAUGUAGUGUAGUGUGUGUGUGUGUGUGUGUGUGUGUGUGUGUGUGUGUGUGAAUUGACUGGAGGCUAGGUCCUGACAGUCUCAUUACCUACUUGGUCCUCUGUAGCUCAAGUUGAUAGAGCGCGGCACUUGUGACGCCAGGGUAGUGGGUUCGAUCCCCGGGACCACCCGUACGUAAAAAAUGUAUGCAUGCAUGACUGUAAGUCGCUUUGGAUAAAAGCGUCUGCUAAAUGGCAUAUUAUUAUAUAGUAUUUACUGUCGUUUGUGUUAGAUCUUAGCCCCAAACUUGACAAGCAGUCCUACUAAAACGUUGUAUUUAGUAGUUAGUUCAGAAGAUAUCAGCUCUGUGAAAACUACCCGUGCCCUCUCUUUAAAUCCUUCUAGAACAUAUCGUUCAGGAUUAGAAUGCACAGUGGAAAGUUGGGAUGAUGCAUUUCCUGUUCACAGCCCAAAUGCUCCCAUUUUUAAUGGUCCAAUGGAAAGAGUUGUGCAAGCCGUUCUAGUACUCCUGGGAUUCCUGGCCAAAUAUGAAGCCAAAACAACAGACGCAGCUGGAAAGUUUAAAGCUACUUAGGUUGUAUAGCCAUGUAGGCUGAUGAUGUACGAGCGGGAAUCAUUUGCGAGACCCUUCUUUGGAUCGACUGCAGUAAAGCCAGGCCAUCAGUAGGUCUGUGGUUCAGCCUGCUACACACUGAUUUGGGGAAUGACAAAUAGACCGAGAAAGAAAGGAGGAGGUGACUGCUUCAUUUGGCUUGGUUCUUUUAUCAGGGCUCGUUAAGAAAUGAUAGCGGCCAUGACUGAAGCAAACGAGUGUUGUCUUGGGGGUUUGAUGUGGUUGUCUUUGCCAUUCAAUCACAACAAACAAGGCCAGUCGUGAGUACUGCGAGCUAAGCUAGCUGUUCCCACAACUUUAGAGAACAUUCCCCUUAAGAGUCUCAUAGGAAUGUUCCCGUGAUGUGCAAGGAAUGUUUCCAAGAGACCAUUCCCUUAAUGUCAAAUAGAACUUACCCAGAAUGCAAGGAAUGUUUGCAAGAGACCAUGCCCUUAAUGUCAACUAGAACUUACCCAGAAUGUGGUUAGUUACCAUGUUCUCAGAACUUAAGAUAUUAAAACCCCCUAGAGAUAUCUAAUUAAAAUAAUAAAAAAAUCCCAAUCUAAAUCUGUCAGUUUAAGCUAGAGAUAUGUUUUUUUGCCUUGGAUGCGUCUCAAUCCACCGCAUUCGAGACCCAUGGGGCGGCGCACAAUUGGCCCAGCGUCAUCCAGGGUAGGGGAGGGAAUGGCCGGCAGGGAUGUAGCUCAGUUGGUAGAGCAUGGCGUUUGCAACACCAGGGUUGUGGGUUCGAUUCCUACGGGGGGUAUAAAAAAAUAAUAAUGUAUGCACUCACUAACUGUAAGUCGCUCUGGAUAAGAGUGUCUGCUAAAUGACUAAAAUGUAAAUGUAAUUCGCCGAUGUCGCCCUUCCGCAUCUGCCUUCCGCUAGAGCAGUGUUUGUUAGACCAUGAGACAUCCCGAAAAUCGGUCUUCUCGCGAAAACAUCUGUAGUGUCCGAACGGUUUGACAGACAAACGAUUAUGACCCCUCUAUGGAAAGAUGAGACUCUCACGAACACAAUGGUGUUCUCCGUUUUUCUACGACACCCACAAGCGUCACGGGAUUCGUUUUGAAGUCGGUACAGCCGAUCUGCCAACUUCUGUCUGUAGCGUCCGAACAGAUUGGGCUACACACUAAUAUGACCCCUCUGUGGAAAGGUGAGUCUCUCACGAACACGUACGUACAUGUCGAUUGUUUUGCUCUAGGACGCCCACAAGCCUCACAAGACUAGUCUGAAGGUAGCCAGGUAUCAGUUUAAAAAAUGAAUGGAAGUAUAUACAGUGAGGGAAAAAAGUAUUUGACCCCUGCUGAUUUUGUACGUUUGCCCACUGACAAAGAAAUGAUCAGUCUAUAAUUUUAAUGGUAGGUUUAUUUGAACAGUGAGAGACAGAAUAACAACAACAAAAAUCCAGAAAAACGCAUGUCAAAAAUUUUAUAAAUUGACUUGCAUUUUAAUGAGGGAAAUAAGUAUUUGACCCCUCAGCAAAACAUGACUUAGUACUUGGUGGCAAAACCCUUGUUGGCAAUAACAGAGGUCAGACGUUUCUUGUAGUUGGCCACCAGGUUUGCACACAUCUCAGGAGGGAUUUUGUCCCACUCCUCUUUGCAGAUCUUCUCCAAGUCAUUAAGGUUUCGAGGCUGACGUUUGGCAACUCGAACCUUCAGCUCCCUCCACAGACUUUCUAUUGGAUUAAGGUCUGGAGACUGGCUAGGCCACUCCAGGACCUUAAUGUGCUUCUUCUUGAGCCACUCCUUUGUUGCCUUGGCCGUGUGUUUUGGGUCAUUGUCAUGCUGGAAUACCCAUCCACGACCCAUUUUCAAUGCCCUGGCUGAGGGAAGGAGGUUCUCACCCAAGAUUUGACAGUACAUGGCCCCGUCCAUCGUCCCUUUGAUGCGGUGAAGUUGUCCUGUCCCCUUAGCAGAAAAACACCCCCAUAGCAUAAUGUUUCCACCUCCAUGUUUGACGGUGGGGAUGGUGUUCUUGGGGUCAUAGGCAGCAUUCCUCCUCCUCCAAACACGGCGAGUUGAGUUGAUGCCAAAGAGCUCGAUUUUGGUCUCAUCUGACCACAACAGUUUCACCCAGUUCUCCUCUGAAUCAUUCAGAUGUUCAUUGGCAAACUUCAGAUGGGCAUGUAUAUGUGCUUUCUUGAGCAGGGGGACCUUGCGGGCGCCGCAGGAUUUCAGUCCUUCACGGCGUAGUGUGUUACCAAUUGUUUUCUUGGUGACUAUGGUCCCAGCUGCCUUGAGAUCAUUGACAAGAUCCUCCCGUGUAGUUCUGGGCUGAUUCCUCACCGUUCUCAUGAUCAUGAGGUCUGAUCUCAUGUAUAGCAUGUUACUGUACAGCCCCUGAGCUCUGACAUCAUGUAUAGCAUGUUACUGUCCAGCCACUGAGCUCUGACGUCAUGUAUAGCAUGUUACUGUCCAGCCGCUGAGCUCUGACGUCAUGUAUAGCAUGUUACUGUCCAGCCACUCAGCUCUGACGUCAUGUAUGGCAUGUUACUGUCCAGACCCAGAGCUCUGACGUCAUGUAUAGCGUGUUACUGUCCAGCCACUGAGCUCUGACGUCAUGUAUAGCAUGUUACUGUACAGCCACUGAGCUCUGACAUCAUGUAUAGCAUGUUACUGUCCAGACCCAGAGCUCUGACGUCAUGUAUAGCAUGUUACUGUACAGCCACUGAGCUCUGACGUCAUGUAUAGCAUGUUACUGUACAGCCACUGUGUUCCAAUUUGGGCGCUUAUCAGUGCCAAUAUCUGCCAUUUUCAACCCGUAUACAGCUACGAGUUUAAAGGGUUCGAGUGUGUGUGAUGCCUAAGUGAUGGCUCCUUCUCUCUUCGAUCCGUUAAAGGUUUUUCAAGGCUGGAGUCAAAUAAACAGUCUGUCUCCUCUCCCUACCCUUUCAUCUAUCUGGUUGGAUGGAUGCUCUUUGUGUGUUUUUGGAUUCCUGUCUGGCUUCAGAGUGUUGAAGACCAUCAGUCAUAUGAGAUGGGUACCACAGGUUCAGGAGUUCAAGACUGUCUGUGCCUGAAAACAUUACUAGCUGUCAAGUCCUUGCUGUCUCCUCAACUCCUCUCAAAGCUCAUUGGAGGAGGAGGUCUGAAGGAGGGACUUUGGAUCCUCUCUCUCCAAUGAGCACUGAGAGGACACAGCCCUAGUUUCAUCGGGGUUACACGGAGAUGACACUGUUAAUAAACGCACGUCUGACCACUUCCCCGUUUCCUGUCCACAGAGGAAGUUCCGUCUCCUACAGACCUGCAGUUCUUCGAGGUGUCUGACGUGAAGAUCACCAUCACCUGGAUGGGACCCCCAACUGACGUGUCCGGGUACAGAGUGACUGUGGCCCCCGUCGGCCCCGCCGGGACCCCUCGGAGAGAGCUACAGCUCCCCAUCACACACAACGCCUACGCAGAGGUCACCCACCUGACCCCCGGUACCCCGUACCGCUUCAGCAUCUACACCAUCAAGGGAGGAGAGGAGAGCCAGCCACUGGUCGGAGAGCAGGCUACCAGUGAGAAUAGGAAAACUUAUCCCAUCAACAAUUGUCAAUUUGUAAUAGGUUUUUUCUAUCACAAAAAUAAAUAAAUAAAUAAAUCGCUGUCCAGUCAAUGAACUUAGUACUGUAAAUAUUACUGCUAGUCUCAAUCGAGACAAGGCAUAGAAAUCGCUGAUCUUUGUAGAAGAUCUGACCACAGCAUCGUUGAUCUCAAACACUUUUUUGUUCUCAGAACCUGAUUCGCCUGCUGAUGUCCAUUUCACCAACGUAACUGAGGACAGUGCUCUGAUCGCGUGGGUGGCCCCCCGGGCCCGCAUCACCGGAUACCGUCUGUUCCUGACCCUGGAGGGCUCCAACCCUAAACAGCUGCGCCUGCCAGCCCGCCUAUCCCAGUACACCCUGCUCAACCUCCGGCCAGACACAGAGUACACCGCCGUCCUCCACGCUGAACAGGACAAUACGCUCAGUGAGGGUACCUCCAGGACCUUCUCCACCAGUGAGUAGGAUCCAGACUAGGGUCUUUAUUCAACUCCUUUCUUAACCGAUAAUCUGACUGACUGCUGCUCAGUUUGGCUAAGUCAAACCUGAAAUUGGCUGCUCCUCAAUGACUCAAAAGUUGCAAUUUUAAGCACAUUCUAACUUAAACAUCAGCGUAGUUUCUCGUUGAACUUUUAUAUGUCCCGGUCAAGGCCAGAUUCUUUGUCAGUAGACUUCCUGGUCCGUUUGACUAGUCAGAAAAAUGUUCACAUACAGUAGGUUUGCUUUGAGAAGGGAGAUGAUUUUGGGAGUUCCUAGUUUGUUUAACUAGUCCUGACCUCUGAACCUGUGUGUUCUAUCCAGCUCAGCUAAUGGGGAACGCACCUCGCUUCAGUACUGAUGUCACAGACACCUCGAUCAUCAUCUCCUGGACACCCGUACCCCAAGUGGGAUACAAGGUACGCUCACACACGUGUUAUUGGUCAGACUAUUUCAGACUAGAGUUGUGAAUGUGCUCUGGCUCCUGUGAUCCUGUGUGUAUCCCUCUCACGUGUGUGUGUGUGUGUGUGUGUUUGUCUGUGUGUGUUUUUCUGUGUGUGUGUGUUUGUCUGUGUUUGUCUGUGUGUCUGUGUUUGUGUCUGUCUGUCUGUCUGUCUGUGUGUGUGUGUGUGUGUGUGUGUGUGUGUGUGUGUGUGUGUCUGUGUGUCUGUGUGUGUGUGUGUCUGUGUGUCUCUCUCGCUCUGUCUCCCCCUCUCCCCCUCUGUCUCCCCCUCUCCCCAUGUAGCUGACAGUGAGGCCCAGUCAGGGAGGCGAGGCCCCCAGAGAUGUAACCUCUAACUCAGGCAGCAUCUACAUCUCAGGCCUGACCCCCGGGGUUGAGUACACCUACAGCGUUCAGCCAGUCAUCAACGGACACGAGCAGGGCAACCCAAUCACACGUCGCGUAGUCACACGUGAGUGAUCAGAGGAUGUUCAUUUCUACUCUAUACAGUGCAUUCGGAAAGUAUUCAGACCCCUUGACUUUUUCAACAUUUUGUUACGUUACAGCCUUAUUCUAGAAUUGAUUAAAUAUAGUUUUUUCCUCAUCAAUCUACACACAAUACCCCAUAAUGACAAAGCAAAAACAGGUUUUUAGACAUUUUUGCACAUUUAUAAAAAAAAUUCAACACUUAAAUAUCACAUUUACAUAAGUAUUCAAACCCUUUACUCAGUACUUUGUUGAAACACCUUUGACAGCAAUUACAGCCUCCAGUCUUCUUGGGUAUGACGCUACAAGCUUGGCACACAUGAAUUUGGGGAGUUUCUCCCAUUCUUCUCUGCAGAUCCCCUCAAGCUCUGUCAGGUUGGAUGGGGAGCUUCGAAUGGAAUGAUUGGAACAGAGUCAAACAUCUGGUUUCACUCCGUUCCAUUUAUUCCAUUCCAGCCAUUACAAUAAGCCCAUCAUCCUAUAGCUCCUCCCACCAGCGUCUUCUGGUUGCAAUUUACCACACCAUUCUAUUGAGUAACCGUAUAUAUUCCCCAGAAAGAGUUGCAUCUGGAACAGGGAUGACCAAAAUCUAAUAUUUUCCUCCUAUUUUUGUUUCUCUUUAUCAGUUCUUUAUCAUAGUAGUGAGUAACCAUUCUGACCAGGUUAUAGUCGCGAGUAACCAUUAUGACCAGGUUAUAGUGGUGAGUAACCGUUAUGAUCAGGUUAUAGUGGUGAGUAACCAUUAUGACCAGGUUAUAGUGGUGAGUAACCGUUAUGACCAGGUUAUAGUGGUGAGUAACCGUUAUGACCAGGUUAUAGUGGUGAGUAACUGUUAUGACCAGGUUAUAGUAGUGAGUAACCGUUAUGACCAGGUUAUAGUGGUGAGUAACCGUUAUGACCAGGUUAUAGUGGUGAGUAACCGUUAUGACCAGGUUAUAGUGGUGAGUAACCGUUAUGACCAGGUUAUAGUGGUGAGUAACCGUUAUGACCAGGUUAUAGUGGUGAGUAACCGUUAUGACCAGGUUAUAGUAGUGAGUAGCCGUUAUGACCAGGUUAUAGUGGUGAGUAACUGUUAUGACCAGGUUAUAGUGCUGAGUAGCCGUUAUGACCAGGUUAUAGUGGUGAGUAACCAUUAUGACCAGGUUAUUGUAGUGAGUAACCAUUAUGACCAGGUUAUAGUGGUGAGUAGCCGUUAUGACCAGGUUAUAGUGGUGAGUAACCAUUAUGACCAGGUUAUUGUAGUGAGUAACCAUUAUGACCAGGUUAUAGUGGUGAGUAGCCGUUAUGACCAGGUUAUAGUGGUGAGUAACCAUUAUGACCAGGUUAUUGUAGUGAGUAACCAUUAUGACCAGGUUAUAGUGGUGAGUAACCAUUAUGACCAGGUUAUAGUGGUGAGUAACCAUUAUGACCAGGUUAUAGUGGUGAGUAACCGUUAUGACCAGGUUAUAGUGGUGAGUAACCAUUAUGACCAGGUUAUAGUCGUGAGUAACCAUUAUGACCAGGUUAUAGUGGUGAGUAACCAUUAUGACCAGGUUAUAGUGGUGAGUAACCGUUAUGACCAGGUUAUAGUGGUGAGUAACCGUUAUGACCAGGUUAUAGUGGUGAGUAACCAUUAUGACCAGGUUAUAGUCGUGAGUAACCAUUAUGACCAGGUUAUAGUGGUGAGUAACCGUUAUGACCAGGUUAUAGUGGUGAGUAACCAUUAUGACCAGGUUAUAGUCGUGAGUAACCAUUAUGACCAGGUUAUAGUGGUGAGUAACCGUUAUGACCAGGUUAUAGUGGUGAGUAACCAUUAUGACCAGGUUAUAGUGGUGAGUAACCAUUAUGACCAGGUUAUAGUCGUGAGUAACCAUUAUGACCAGGUUAUAGUGGUGAGUAACCAUUAUGACCAGGUUAUAGUCGUGAGUAACCAUUCUGACCAGGUUAUAGUGGUGAGUAACCGUUAUGACCAGGUUAUAGUGGUGAGUAACCAUUCUGACCAGGUUAUAGUGGUGAGUAACCGUUAUGACCAGGUUAUAGUGGUGAGUAACCGUUAUGACCAGGUUAUAGUGGUGAGUAACCGUUAUGACCAGGUUAUAGUGGUGAGUAACCGUUAUGACCAGGUUAUAAUGGUGAGUAACCGUUAUGACCAGGUUAUAGUGGUGAGUAACCGUUAUGACCAGGUUAUAGUGGUGAGUAACCAUUAUGACCAGGUUAUAGUGGUGAGUAACCGUUAUGACCAGGUUAUAGUGGUGAGUAACCAUUAUGACCAGGUUAUAGUGGUGAGUAACCGUUAUGACCAGGUUAUAGUGGUGAGUAACCGUUAUGACCAGGUUAUAGUGGUGAGUAGCCGUUAUGACCAGGUUAUAGUGGUGAGUAACCGUUAUGACCAGGUUAUAGUGGUGAGUAACCGUUAUGACCAGGUUAUAGUGGUGAGUAACCGUUAUGACCAGGUUAUAGUGGUGAGUAACCGUUAUGACCAGGUUAUAGUAGUGAGUAACCGUUAUGACCAGGUUAUAGUGGUGAGUAACCGUUAUGAGCAGGUUAUAGUGGUGAGUAACCGUUAUGACCAGGUUAUAGUGGUGAGUAACCGUUAUGACCAGGUUAUAGUGGUGAGUAACCGUUAUGACCAGGUUAUAGUGGUGAGUAACCGUUAUGACCAGGUUAUAGUGGUGAGUAACCGUUAUGACCAGGUUAUAGUGGUGAGUAACCGUUAUGACCAGGUUAUAGUGGUGAGUAACCGUUAUGACCAGGUUAUAGUGGUGAGUAACCAUUCUGACCAGGUUAUAGUGGUGAGUAACCGUUAUGACCAGGUUAUAGUGGUGAGUAACCGUUAUGACCAGGUUAUAGUGGUGAGUAACCAUUCUGACCAGGUUAUAGUGGUGAGUAACCAUUAUGACCAGGUUAUAGUCGUGAGUAACCAUUAUGACCAGGUUAUAGUGGUGAGUAACCAUUAUGACCAGGUUAUAGUGGUGAGUAACCGUUAUGACCAGGUUAUAGUGGUGAGUAACCGUUAUGACCAGGUUAUAGUGGUGAGUAACCGUUAUGACCAGGUUAUAGUGGUGAGGAACCGUACCAGUCAGAGACAGUUGCUUGGAAGAGAGAUGUCAAGUCACAGAAUCAUCUCAUCUUGUUCCUCUUGUCGUCCUCCAGCCCUGUCUCCUCCUACUGACCUAAACCUGGAGUCCCACCCUGACAGCGGAGAGCUGACUGUCCAGUGGAACGAAGCCAGCACCCCAGGUCAGAACAAUGAUACUCAGGACAAAGAUUACAGAGACUAUAUGUCCAGACAGAGAACUCCAAAUGUCCUAUUUUACGACUUCUGUCCAGUUUACAUCCACUGUCCAUUCUCACGUGUUCUCCCAUGCCGUCCAAUCAGACAUCACCGGCUACAGAGUGACGUGCACGCCAACCAAUGGGCAGCGAGGAAACAGCCUGGAGGAGUUUGUGAAGGCGGGCGAGACCUCGUGCACUCUGGAGAACCUCAGCCCUGGCGUGGAGUACAACGUCAGCGUCUUCACCGUUAAAGACGACAUGGAGAGUGUUCCUGUCUCCACCACCGUUACUCAAGGUAGGUGUGGGCGUGGCCUAAUGUCAGGUGACCUUUUGACCCUAUCUCCCCUGCCCUGUGACAUCAUGAUGUGAUGACGUGGACAGGAGUGUACGGCAGGGUUCCAUCACAUCUCUCCUACUCAGACCCCUUCGUUAUAUUCAGGCUACAAUGUCCGUUACACAAAACAUUGCUAGUAUUGACUCGCACAGUGGGCUGAACUGGUUGAAAUGACUUCAUUACAGCCAAAAUAACAACCAGCUGUUCGUGAUUCUACAGUCUCUGCUUGUCCGGUAGUUUUGCCAGUAUCCGUGCACGUACACCCUUAGAAAAAAUAAGGGUCUGUCUAGAACCUAAAAGGGUCCCCCUACGGGCACUGCCGAAUAACCCUUUUGGAAACCCUUUUUUCUAAGGGUGUAAUGAAGCUACUGCCAGCGAUUUUUCACUCAUUGUUUUUAUAUAUGUAUUCUGCCUUUUAGAUCAACGCCCACAGCUCAGCUAAAUCAUUCAUUGAUGUAAAUUGAAGAUUUGUACAUGAAUGUGAAGUUAGAAUAACCUUAAUGUGUGCAAUACCAUAUCACCUGAGCUGGUAACCCAUAUCAUUGAUAGCCAAUAGAGGCUUUAAUAAUGCCCUUCUCAUGACAUUGCUUGUCCUGUGUCUGUCUCUGUCUCGGUCUCUGUCUCUGUCUCUGUCCUGUGUCUGUCUCUGUCCUGUGUCUGUCUCUGUCCUGUGUCUGUCUCUGUCCUGUCUCUGUCUCGUCUCUGUCUCGUGUCUGUCUCGUGUCUGUCUGUCUCUCUGUGUCUGUCUCUCUCUCUGUCUCUGCUUCUGUCUCUGUCUCUGUCUCUGUCCUGUGUCUGUCUCUGUCUCUGUCCUGUGUCUGUCUCUGUCCUGUCUCGUCUCUGUCUCGUGUCUCCCUCCUUCCUUCCUCCCCUCCCUCUCUAACCCACUACUAGACGUGCCCCGGCUAACGGACCUCAACUUCGUCGACGUCACCGACACGACUAUCGGCCUGAGGUGGAACCCGCUGAACUAUACGGCGGUCACCGGCUACCGUAUCACGGUGACGGCUGCCGGGGAGAGCGUGCCCAUAUUCGAGGACAUGGUGGAGGCCACCACCGGGUAUUACACCGUGCACGGACUGGAGCCCGGCAUCGAUUAUGACAUCUCAGUCAUCACCGUCACAGAGAGCGGAGAGAGCGAACCCACCACGCUCACGCAGCAAACUGGUAAUCAUUAUAACAUGGGCCCGAGAGAUGGUUGUGAAGUGUGGGCUGGUGAAUGAAUUUAACGGACGGACUCAUUUUGCUACCCUUCCAGUCCGAUUGGUUUGUGUGUUUUGUGUAAUGAUGUAAGGGGUAGUGUGAAUGACGUUGCAUCAUUACACUGUGAUUGCAUGCAGUUGCAUCUUUGUUUCUGGUUCUCUGUUUGUCUCAUAAGUCUGUUCACAUUUUACGUCUGGCUGACGAAAACAUCUCAGCACUGAACCAUGUAGGGCAGGGAUCGGAACAUAAUUUACAAAGAAUUUGUAGACUGCAAAUUGACCGCAAUAAUCCCAAACCGAUAUAAUAUUCAAAUCCAAUUUUAUUUGUCGUGUGUCGAAUACAACAGGUGUAGUAGACCUUACCGUGAAAUGCUGACUUACGAGCCCAUAACCAACAAUGCAGAGUGAAAAAAUGUAAGUAAGAAAAAUGUGCUAAAUAAACUAAAGUAAAAAUAGUAAUACAAUAACAAGGCUAUUUACAAGCUUACCGGUACCGAGUCAAUGUUCAGGGGUACGAGGUAGUAAUGAGGCUAUAUACAAGGAGUACCAGUACUGAGUCAAUGUUCAGGGGUACCAGGUAGUAAUGAGGCUAUUUACAAGCUUACCGGUACCGAGUCAAUGUUCAGGGGUACCAGGUAGUAAUGAGGCUAUUUACAAGCUUACCGGUACCGAGUCAAUGUUCAGGGGUACGAGGUAGUAAUGAGGCUAUAUACAAGGAGUACCAGUACUGAGUCAAUGUUCAGGGGUACCAGGUAGUAAUGAGGCUAUUUACAAGCUUACCGGUACCGAGUCAAUGUUCAGGGGUACCAGGUAGUAAUGAGGCUAUUUACAAGCUUACCGGUACCGAGUCAAUGUUCAGGGGUACCAGGUAGUAAUGAGGCUAUUUACAAGCUUACCGGUACCGAGUCAAUGUUCAGGGGUACCAGGUAGUAAUGAGGCUAUUUACAAGCUUACCGGUACCGAGUCAAUGUUCAGGGGUACGAGGUAGUAAUGAGGCUAUAUACAAGGAGUACCAGUACUGAGUCAAUGUUCAGGGGUACCAGGUAGUAAUGAGGCUAUUUACAAGCUUACCGGUACCGAGUCAAUGUUCAGGGGUACCAGGUAGUAAUGAGGCUAUUUACAAGCUUACCGGUACCGAGUCAAUGUUCAGGGGUACCAGGUAGUAAUGAGGCUAUUUACAAGCUUACCGGUACCGAGUCAAUGUUCAGGGGUACCAGGUAGUAAUGAGACUAUAUACAAGGAGUACCAGUACUGAGUCAAUGUUCAGGGGUACCAGGUUAGUCGAGGUAAUUGAGGUAAUAUGUACAUGUAGGUAGGGGUAAAGUGACUAUGCAUAGAUAAUAAACAGAGUAGCAGCAGCGUAUGUGAAGGCUGAAGGAAUGUGUGUGUGUGUUGGAGUGUCAGUGUAGUGUGUGGGUAGUGUGUGGUUGGAGUCCAGUGAGUGAUCAUUGAGCCUGUGGAAGAGAGUCAGUGUAGUGUGUGGGUAGUGUGUGGUUGGAGUCCAGUGAGUGAUCAUCGAGCCUGUGGAAGAGAGUCAGUGUAGUGUGUGGUUGGAGUCCAGUGAGUGAUCAUCGAGCCUGUGGAAGAGAGUCAGUGUAGUGUGUGGGUAGUGUGUGGUUGGAGUCCAGUGAGUGAUCAUCGAGCCUGUGGAAGAGAGUCAGUGUAGUGUGUGGGUAGUGUGUGGUUGGAGUCCAGUGAGUGAUCAUCGAGCCUGUGGAAGAGAGUCAGUGUAGUGUGUGGGUAGUGUGUGGUUGGAGUCCAGUGAGUGAUCAUCGAGCCUGUGGAAGAGAGUCAGUGUAGUGUGUGGUUGGAGUCCAGUGAGUGAUCAUCGAGCCUGUGGAAGAGAGUCAGUGUAGUGUGUGGUUGGAGUCCAGUGUAGUGAUCAUCGAGCCUGUGGAAGAGAGUCAGUGUAGUGUGUGGGUAGUGUGUGGUUGGAGUCCAGUGAGUGAUCAUCGAGCCUGUGGAAGAGAGUCAGUGUAGUGUGUGGGUAGUGUGUGGUUGGAGUCCAGUGAGUGAUCAUCGAGCCUGUGGAAGAGAGUCAGUGUAGUGUGUGGGUAGUGUGUGGUUGGAGUCCAGUGAGUGAUCAUCGAGCCUGUGGAAGAGAGUCAGUGUAGUGUGUGGGUAGUGUGUGGUUGGAGUCCAGUGAGUGAUCAUCGAGCCUGUGGAAGAGAGUCAGUGUAGUUUGUGGGUAGUGUGUGGUUGGAGUCCAGUGAGUGAUCAUCAAGCCUGUGGAAGAGAGUCAGUGUAGUGUGUGGGUAGUGUGUGGUUGGAGUCCAGUGAGUGAUCAUCGAGCCUGUGGAAGAUAGUCAGUGUAGUGUGUGGUUGGAGUCCAGUGAGUGAUCAUCGAGCCUGUGGAAGAGAGUCAGUGUAGUGUGUGGGUAGUGUGUGGUUGGAGUCCAGUGAGUGAUCAUCGAGCCUGUGGAAGAGAGUCAGUGUAGUGUGUGGUUGGAGUCCAGUGAGUGAUCAUCGAGCCUGUGGAAGAGAGUCAGUGUAGUAAUAAUAAUCCAAUAAUGGGGUCAAUGCUAAUAGUCCGGGUGGCCAUUUUAUGAAUUGUUCAGCAGUCUUAUGGCUUGGGGGUAGAAGCUGUUCAGGUGCCUUUUGGUCCCAGACUUGGUGCUCCGGUACCGCUUGCCGUGCGGUAGCAGAGAGAACAGUCUAUGACUUGGGUGGUUGGAGUCUGACAAUUUUUUAGGGCCUUCCUCUGACACCGCCUGGUAUAGAGGUCCUGGAUGGCAAGAAGCUUGGCCCCAGUGAUGUAUAGGACGGUACUCACUACCCUUUGUAGCGCCUUGUGGUCGGAUGCCGAGCAGUUGCCAUACCAGGCGGUGAUGCAACCAGUCAAGAUGCUCUCGAUGGUGCAGCUGUAUAACUUUUUGAGGAUCUGAGACUUGCAUCAAAACCUUUUGUCAAAUAAUUUAUGCUAUUGCUAGCAAUCAAUCAAGAGGAAACUGACUGAACGACUCAAACUCCCCAGCUUAUGCUCUCCAAAUGGACGUUAGCUGUGAAGGCUGAGAUGACCAUGCAUUGACUUUUGUUCGCUAUACAUGUCGGAGGGGGACGCUAUUCAUGAAGACAUAUUGUUCUGUCUCACGAUUCCCGAGCAUGAAACGGCAAAGGGGAUGUUCAGUGUGCUGCGUGGCUAUAUGGUCUUUUGCACAGAUGGGGCUCCAUCUAUGGCGGGACGGCGGGCAGGCCUCUGCACUCUAGUUAUGAAAGUGUCUCCCUCGGCCAUAUGGACGCAUUGUAUGAUACACCGAGAGCAACUGGCGGCAAAAGAGCUGAGCACAGAACUCUUGAGAUAUACUGCAGCAGGUAACUUCGAUUGUAAACUACAUCAAACCACAUCCACUGCGCACACGCCUGUUCACAAAACUAUGUGGAGAUAUGGGAUCAGAGCAUGACAAAGUCUUGGUGGUUAUCGAGGGGAAGUGUUGGAAAGAUUUUUCGCAUUGAGAGAGGAACUGUUGUCAUACAGUCGUGGUCAAAAGUUUUGAGAAUGACACAAGUAUUGGUCUUCACAAAGUUCGCUGCUUCAGUGUUAUGAGAUAUUUUGGUCAGAUGUUACACUGAAGUAUAAUUACAAGCAUUCCAUAAGUGUCAAAGGCUUUUAUUGACAAUUACAUUAAGUUGAUGCAAAGAGUCAAUAUUUGCAGUGUUGACCCUUCUUUUUCAAGACCUCUGCAAUCCGCCCUGGCAUGCUGUCAAUUAACUUCUGGGCCAAAUCCUGACUGAUGGCAGCCCAUUCUUGCAUAAUCAAUGCUUGGAGUUUGUCAGAAUUUGUGGGGUUUUGUUUGUCCAUCUGCCUCUUGAGGAUCGACCACAAGUUCUCAAUGGGAUUAAGGUCUGGGGAGUUUCCUGACCAUGGACCCAAAAUGUUGAUGUUUUGUUCCCCGAGCCACUUAGUUAUCACUUUUGCCUUAUGGCAAGGUGCUCCAUCAUGCUGGAAAAGGCAUUGGUCGUCACCAAACUGUUCUUGGAUGGUUGGGAGGAGUUGCUCUCGGAGGAUGUGUUGGUUCACAAAACUAUGUGGAGAUAUGGGAUCAGAACAUGACAAAGUCUUGGUGGUUAUCGAGGAGAAGUGUUGGAAAGGUUUUUGGAAUUGAGAGAGGAACUGUUGUCAUUCACAAUGGACGUAAAAAAACAGACUUGGUUGACUUUCUGUGUAAUGAAAAGAAAACGAGUCUCCUUGCCUAUGUAACAGACAUAUUUGGGAAACUGAACUGAACGCAAGCAUGCAAAUAUACAAAAACAUUCUACAGAUGACUGUCCGAAUCAGUGGAUUCAGAGGAAACAAUUCUUAUUGGAGAGAGAGUCUUUCAAAAGCAAACCAUGCCCCUUUCCCUCAGCUGUGCAUGUUUCUAACAGAUAACAGCAUCAGUAAGUGUCCCACAUGAGUGAUUACUGCUCACCUCCAACGCUUGGGAGAACACUUUGGGACCUACUUCCCAAUCCGUUUGACUGUGAUCCUUGCUCAGUUCACAUGCCAGUAUCUGAACUCGAACAGCUGAUCGAGCUGUUAUGUGACGGAAUGCAUUCACGAGUCACUACGGAGGAGUUUUUGUUUCCUGGCGCUAAGGGAAUACCCUGCCGUCUCCCUCUGAGCGUUAAUGGUGCGUUCAAGACAACUGGGAACUGGGAAAAAACGAGCCGCGACUGGUAAAAAAUCUUUCGAAUGGUCAUCCAACUAGAGCUCCGACCUAAAAAUCACUGACAUCAUGAUUUGACCUUGUAUUUUUCCAACUUCCCAGUUGUCUUGAAUGCACUAUAAAACUCAUGGUACCCUUCGCCAGCUCAUAUCUGUGUGAAGCUGGAUUCAGCGCUCUCGUCUGCAUUAAAACCAAAUAUCGAUCCAGGUUGGAUGUGACGGCAGAGAUGAGGUGCGCACUGUCGACCACGCCCCCUGACUUUGAGAAUCUCCGACACGACAUGCGUCAAGCCACACCCAUCUCAUUAGUGGUAGAGAGAUAAGAUACAUUAUGUCAGACUAAGAUUUUCAGAUAUCGAAAAAGUUUUGGGAAUCCCUGCUAUAGGCUGUCUCAUCGUUGUUGGGAUCAGGCCUAACCACCGUCGUGUCUUCGACACACGUAAUGAUGGUUUUUGGAGUCGUGCGUGGCCAAGCAGUCAUGGGUGAACAGGGAGUACAGGAAGACACUUGCCAGCUUGAAAAUGUCAGUGAAGACACUUGCCAGAUGGUCAGCGCAAGCUCUGAGCAUGUAUCCUGGUAAUGUAUCUGGCCCUGAGGCCUUGUGAAUGUUAACCUGUAACCUGAGUCCCACUCCUUGAAAGUGGCAGCUCUAGCCUUCAGCUCAGUGCGGAUGUUGCCUGUAACCCAUGGCUUCUGGUUGGGAUAUGUACGUACGGUCACUGUGGGGAUGAAGUCCUUGAUGCACUUAUUAAUGAAGCAGGUGACUGAUGUGGUAAACUCCUCAAUGAUAUCAGAUGAAUCCCGGAACAUAUUCCAAUCUGUGCUAGCGAAACAGUCCUGUAGCUUAGCAUCCGCUUCAUUGGACCACUUCCGUAUUGAGGGUGUCACUGGUACUUCCUGUUUUGAGUUUUUGCUUGUAAGCAGGGAUCAGGAGGAUGGAGUUAUGGUCAGAUUUGCCAAAUGGAGGGCGAGGGAGAGAUUUGUACGCGUCUUUGUGUGUGGAGUAAAGGUGAUCUAGAGUUUUUUUCCUUCUGGUUGCACAUUUAACAUGCUGGUUGAAAUGAGGUAAAAUGGAUUUCAGUUUUCCUGAAUUAAAGUCCCCGGCCACUAGGAGAGCCGCCUCUGGAUGAGCAUUUUCUUGUUUGCUUAUGGCCUUAUACAGUUCAUUAAGUGCGGUCUUAGUGCCAGCAUUAGUUUGUGGUGGUAAAUAGACGGCUGUCAGUGGGUGCUGUAGGUGGGUGUGGUGCAGGAAUCAGAUGCAGGACGCAGAAAAAUAAGUCCAAUAGACUUUAGUGAACAGCACACUCAAAUACACGAGUCAAACGCCCGGAGGCGAGAAAGUCCGCACACAGGCGAAAACCAAAAGGCGCACAAAACCGUGCGUAAAUAACCUCCGAACACAGAGGAGGAAAAUAAAAAAUGCACAAGGCAAACAGUAGCGCACAAAACACGACAGCGAAACAAUAACACACAAACACAGACACACACAACGAGAACUAAAUAGAACACUAACGAGGACUAACUAGACACAGGUGUACAACAUCAAGACCAAACCAAACGAACAUGAAACAUAGAUCGGUGGCAGCUAGUACUCCGGAGACGACGACCGCCGAAGCCUGCCCGAACCAGGAGGAGGAGCAGCCUCGGCCGAAACCGUGACAACGGCUACGAAAAAUAUAGAUGACAACUCCUUUGUUUAAUAGUGUGGUCUACAGCUUAUCAUGAGAUACUCUACCUCAGGCGAGCAAAACCUUGAGACUUCCUUUAAUAUUAGAGAUCACGCACCAGAUAUUGUUGACAAAGAGAGCACACCACCCCCUCUGAUCUUACUGGUCUGGGAAGAGCAGUAUAUCCUUCGCGUCCGACUCCAUUAAAGAAAAAAUCCUUGUCCAGUUCGAGGUGAGUAAUCACUGUUCUGAUGUCCAGAAGCUCUUUUCGGUCAUAGGAAACGAUGGCAGAGACAUUAUGUACAAAAAAAAAGUUAAAAACACACUAAAUAGCACAAACGGCGGCCAUUAUAGAUCAUCGUGUUUCUAACAUUAGACCAAAACAUAGUAAUUUCAAACCUUGCUUACAUUUGUAUACGAUCACGUCUCUCUCUAUUAUGUGUUGGAAUACUCGGGAACACAUUUCCAAAAUUAUAAUCACUUGGAGCUCAUUUUCCUGGUGUUUUUUUUCAGUCUUAUGCCCAACAAUGAAAAAGUAAAAUAAAAUAAAAUAUAUAUUUUUUUUGCUCAGAAAACUUGGGGUGGCAAAUAACGCUGGCUGUUAGUUGGGGAACCCUGAUAUAGGGGCUUCAAUCUCCUCUAGCGGUGUGGGAGUGAUGCUGUUCAGGACCAUAUGGUUUUAGUUUUCCCCGACUCACUGUUUCUACAUCUGAAUUCUUCAACACCAGCUGGAGCUCAUUGUGACUCCCAUUUGGUCUCCUUUCCCAAACACAGUUUAUUCCCUCACUUUUUGAUACGAUGCCGUAAAACAGCAGAGAUUCAACAUUCAAACAUAUUUUCCUUUUGAACUAUCUUUGAUCUCGGAUGGUCUUGACUAAACACCUCAAUAUAACUGCGUCCUGAAUCUCCAACCUUCAAAGUGCGCGCUUGCACACUCCUUGUCAUGGAUUCAAAAGCAUUGGAUUAGUUAAGGCUAUACAUUCUGGGGAGAGUUCCUUUUUUCUUCUUCUGUGAAAUCCAUGACCAGGAGUGUGCAAGUGCGCACUUUGAGAGAAGGGUUGGGGCGCCAGGUAGCCUAGCGGUUAGAGUGUGGCGCCAGUAACUGAAAGGUUGCUAGUUUGAAUCCCGGGAACUGACAAAGUGAAACAUGAGCAAGGCACUUAACCUCCAGGGUCUGCGUUGAUAGUGCAGACCCUGGCCGUGACCUCGCUCUCCACGGGUGUCUCUGGGAGAUGGGAGAUGCAAAAAAAAUAAACAUUUCCAAUUCACACAUGUACAUGUGUGAAAUAAGACAAAUAUAUGCACCUACCAAAGGGGUGGAGAAUUGGGAUACAACUCCUCUCUCUUAAUAAUCACUUAAUACCUGCUAUCCAGCUGUUCCUCCCCCUACUAACCUGGGUUUCCCUGAGGUGGGUCCUGACAGUAAUACCUAAUAUCUCUCCAUCCCCCAGCCGUACCUGCACCUACUAACCUGGGUUUCCCUGAGGUGGGUCCUGACAGCAUGCAGGUGACCUGGACAGCUCCUGUGGUUCCUAACCCCGCUGACAUCAACAGCUUCGUGAUUCGCUACCACCCCAUCGACGACGAGGAUGACAUCACAGAAAGCAGCGUCGGAGGGAACGCUGACACUGUGGUUCUUAAGAGUAAGGCGCGCGCACACGCACACACACACACACACGCACACACGCGCACGCACACACACACACGCACACACACGCACACACACAGUCCUAAUGACUGUUGUCACUCACUGACUGACGCUGUGUGUCCCUGUUCCUGUAGAUCUGAUUUCCAACACAGAGUACCUGGUCAGUGUGGGGUGUGUUUAUGAAGAGAGGGAGAGCUCACCUCUGGUCGGCACCCACAAAACAAGUGAGUUUCACCUGAAUGAUUUGAUUCAUCAAUGUGUUUUGGUCAUCCUUUCUUUUGUCAAUGUCUCCUAAAUGAUUCCUAAAUUACUCCUAAAUGACUCCUAAAUGUCUCCUAAAUGACUCCUAAAUGAUUCCUAAAUGACUCCUGACCGAUGUUUUUUCCCCUCAGCUCUGGACUCCCCCAGCGGUCUACGGUUCUCAGAGGUCCUGACCAACUCCUUCACGGUGCACUGGCUGGCCCCCAACGCCAUCAUCACUGGCUACCGGAUUCGUUACCAGAUGACCAGCGGCGGGCGGGCCAAGGACGAGAGGCUGCCGCCAUCCAGGAACCACUUCACCCUGACCGGCCUGACCCCCGAGACGGAAUACAUCGUCAACAUCUAUGCUGUCAGCGGCCAGCAGGACAGCAAGCCGCUCACCGGCAAACAGAAAACCAGUACGACCUCAUCCUUAACUUUUCACACGUUCUUUUAGUUUGCCUUGAUUCAAUGCUUUCUUCCUUUCAUCCAGUCCCAAUUUCCUACCCCUACGAUAAGACCUGUUGACAGCCAGUCCCAAUUUCCUACCCCUACGAUAAGACCUGUUGACAGCCAGUCCCAAUUUCCUACCCCUACGAUAAGACCUGUUGACAGCCGGUCCCAGUUUCCUACCCCUACGAUAAGACCUGUUGACAGCCGGUCCCAAUUUCCUACCCCUACGAUAAGACCUGUUGACAGCCAGUCCCAAUUUCCUACCGCUACGAUAAGACCUGUUGACAGCCAGUCCCAAUUUCCUACCCCUACGAUAAGACCUGUUGACAGCCAGUCCCAAUUACCUACCGCUACGAUAAGACCUGUUGACAGCCAGUCCCAAUUUCCUACCCCUACGAUAAGACCUGUUGACAGCCAGUCCCAAUUUCCUACACCUACGAUAAGACCUGUUGACAGCCAGUCCCAAUUUCCUACCCCUACGAUAAGACCUGUUGACAGCCAGUCCCAAUUUCCUACCCCUACGAUAAGACCUUUUGACAGCCAGUCCCAAUUUCCUACCCCUACGAUAAGACCUGUUGACAGCCAGUCCCAAUUACCUACCGCUACGAUAAGACCUGUUGACAGCCAGUCCCAAUUUCCUACCCCUACGAUAAGACCUGUUGACAGCCAGUCCCAAUUUCCUACCCCUACGAUAAGACCUGUUGACAGCCAGUCCCAAUUUCCUACCCCAACGAUAAGACCUGUUGACAGCCGGUCCCAGUUUCCUACCCCUACGAUAAGACCUGUUGACAGCCGGUCCCAAUUUCCUGCCCCUACGAUAAGACCUGUUGACAGCCAGUCCCAAUAUCCUACCCCUACGAUAAGACCUGUUGACAGCCAGUCCCAAUUUCCUACCGCUACGAUAAGACCUGUUGACAGCCAGUCCCAAUAUCCUACCCCUACGAUAAGACCUGUUGACAGCCAGUCCCAAUAUCCUACCGCUACGAUAAGACCUGUUGACAGCCAGUCCCAAUAUCCUACCCCUAUGAUAAGACCUGUUGACAGCCAGUCCCAAUAUCCUACCCCUACGAUAAGACCUGUUGACAGCCAGUCCCAAUUUCCUACCCCUACGAUAAGACCUGUUGACAGCCAGUCCCAAUUACCUACCCCUACGAUAAGACCUGUUGACAGCCAGUCCCAAUAUCCUACCCCUACGAUAAGACCUGUUGACAGCCAGUCCCAAUUUCCUACCCCUACGAUAAGACCUGUUGACAGCCAGUCCCAAUUACCUACCCCUACGAUAAGACACGUUGACAGCCAGUCCCAAUUUCCUACCCCUACGAUAAGAUCCAUUGACUUUUCACACAUCACCUGAAUCCCAAAUCACCCAAUAGCCCCUACUCCCUAGCCCCUACUCCUUUGCCCCGACCCCAUAUCCCCUACUCCCUAGCCCCUAUCCCCAGCCCCUACUUCCUAGCCCCUACUUCCUAGCCCCUACUCCCUAGCCCCUACCCCCAGCCCCUACUUCCUAGCCCCUACUUCCUAGCCCCUACUCCCUAGCCCGUACUCCCUAGCCCUUACUCCCUAGCCCCUACUCCCUACUCCCAAGGCACAUGUAGAUCUUGGAUAGGCGUUAACCAAUAUGGUGGUAGCUCCAACCUGCCCUCUGAUAGGCCAGGGGUAAUUGUUGCCAUUGUUGCUAACACCCAUCCAAUCCUCUCAGCUCUCCACAAGAACCCAGUUUUCCUUUUAAUUUACUUCCUUUGAAUGUUUCUGUCAGUAUGAGAGAUUCAUUCUCACCGUCUGUCUCUGCUUCCUUCUCCUUGUGUCCCCUAGUCUCCGAUGCUCCUACUGACCUGGAGGUAGUGUCCUCCUCCCCCACCAGCAUCACAAUCCGCUGGGACGCCCCCCUCUGUACCGUGAGGGUACUACAGGCUUCACCCAUGGAGGAGGUUCCGGUCUUUCAGGUACGUAAUAACCUAACCUUACUGACUUAGCCGUAACUAGCCGGAUACUGUGGGUACUCCGGUUCACCAGGAGAGUCAGGUCUGUCAGGUACGUUAACUAACCUAACCUUUACUGACUUAGCCUUAACUAGCCUGAUACUGUGAGGUACUACAGGGUUCACCCAUGGAGAGUCAGGUAGCUCAACUAACCUUUCUCUGCCAUUCGAUCACCAUGGUGAUCGUCUUCAAUGUCACAAAUCUGGGAAAUCAAAGAGUAGCUCACCAAUUAUUUUGCUUUUUCACAAUAUGAAUGUUGUCUAUCUGUAGCAUAUUAGCAUUGUUUGCUGUUACCCCUCCCAAACCCCCAGGUGGCCACAGCACCCCUAAAGAGUUCACUGUCCCUGGUUCCCAGUCUACCGCCACCAUCCAGAACCUGAGGCCUGGUACUGACUACACCAUCACAGUCUACGCUGUGACCGGCAGAGGGGACAGCCCAGCCUCCAGCACCCCCAUCUACGUCACCCACAAGACAGGUACCCCUUCCCCCCCUCCUAACUUCGAUCUAGGGCAGGACUCUCCAUCCCCUCUUCCUGGAGAGCUACCGUCCUGUAGGUUUUCACUCCAACCCUAAUCUAGCACACCUGAUUCUAAUAAUUAGCUGGUUGACAAGUUGAAUCAGGUUAGUUACAACUGGGGUUGGAGCGAAAACCUACAGGAGGGUUGGAGAGCCCUGUUCUAGGGAGGUUUGUCCUUGCCACUGAGCUGCUCUCUUGCUCUUUGCGGUCUAGGCCUGGUUACUGUAAGCAUAAAACGUUUUAUGACAACUGUUGCUGUUAAAAGAGAUUGAUUUGAUCAAGAUGAAUAAGAUCAUGUUUUUUAAAGUCCUUUUAAUUUGACCCCUGUCCUGUCUUGAUAAUGUACGUGGUCUGAAAGUAUACUUCUGCUGUGCCUUCAGCAGGUUGUGACUUUGACCCUCUCCUCUGUCUGUAGAUGUUGAGUCUCCUCUCCUCUGUCUGUAGAUAUUGAGUCUCCUCUCCUCUGUCUGUAGAUAUUGACUCUCCUCUCCUCUGUCUGUAGAUAUUGACUCUCCUCUCCUCUGUCUGUAGAUAUUGAGUCUCCUCUCCUCUGUCUGUAGAUAUUGAGUCUCCUCUCCUCUGUCUGUAGAUAUUGAGUCUCCUCUCCUCUGUCUGUAGAUAUUGACUCUCCUUUGGAGAUGAAGGUGACUGACGUUAAGGACAGCACCAUCACUGUGAGGUGGUCCCCGGCCCAGGGGCCUGUCCAGGGGUACAGGAUCACUGGGGUCCCCAGGAACGGACAGGGGCCAUCCUUCUCUGAGACCGUUGCUCCAGGUAAGGCCAUGUUGCUCCAGGUAAGGCCAUGUUGCUUCAGGUAAGGCCAUGUUGCUCCAGGUAAGACCCUGUUGCUACAGGUUGAGUCGCAUAGGGGAUUCAUUAAAGUGGUCCCAGAUUUGUUUGUGCGUGACAUGACUGUAGGAGUUGGCAAGAUGGCACAAAGAGAUCUGGCACGAGGCUAGGUAUUGAUAUGUUUUUUUAGCACUUGUGCACGGAAGUAUACAUCUAGAAUAUGAAAUGUUUUGGAUGUCAAAUAUAUAGUUUUCAUAUAGUGUUGGUGUUGAGUUCUGUCUCAUCCUGUUGUUAAUGACUGUAUCUGUCCCUGGUGUCUUAGAUCAGACGGAGAUGACGUUCUCUGGCCUGCAGCCCACAGUAGAGUACAUCCUCAGUGUGUACGCCCUGGGACAGGACGGAGAGAGCCUUCCCCUGGUGGAGACUGCUGUCACUGGUGAGUGUUCCGGAGUCGUUGCUCUAUGUAUGACCCUGUGCUGCUCUCCUUUCCUGUUGGGCGUUUGCGUGUGUCGGGUUGCACAACUGCAGAGAGCUCACCAGACCCUUGACCUUAUUUGACCUCUCCCUCCCUCCCCUGCAGCGGUGGGUCGCCCCACAGACCUGACCUUCUCUAACGUUGACUCCACCUCCAUGACCAUCUCCUGGGACUCGCCCGACGGCCGGGUGACGUCAUACCGCGUCCUGUACGCCGGCCCCGAGGAGGGCGAGAGGGAGCUGCGACCCGCACCCCGCGGAGACGACGAAUCGGCAACGAUCCACGGCCUGCGACCCGGAAGUGAAUACACUGUGAAGGUCAUCGCCAUGCACGACCGCACACCUAGUCCUCCACUGGUGGGCGUUCAGGCCACAGGUAAGCCAUGAACCCCUCCGCCAGGACAAAUACAAACCCAUUGUGUUUGAGGGUAAACACAAUGGUCAGUUUGAGUAAAGUGAGGCAUUGAAUCAAUAAUCUUGAACAUUCAAUGAGUAGUUAAUGAUACUUUUGAUAGUUUGUGAUGGAAGGUGAUUUUUAUAUCAGCGAUUCUAAACAGUGCGACUGUAAUGUAGCUGAUGUUGAUUUUAAACAUGCACACUCUUUUGAGUAUCUUGGAAAUCAGCCUAUCCAACACUCUUUCUCUCUCUCUCUCUGUCUCUCUGUCUCUCUCUCUCUCUCUCUCUCUCUCUCGGUCUCUCUCUCUCUCUCUCUCUCUCUCUCUCUCUUCUCUCUCUCUCGGUUCUCUCUCUCUCUGUCUCUCUCUCUCUGUCUCUCUCUCUGUCUCUCUCUCUCUCUCUCUCUCUCUCUCUCUCUAUCUCUCUCUCUGUCUCUGUCUCUCUCUCUCUCUCUCUCUGUCUCUCUCUAUCUCUCUCUCUCUCUCUCUCUCUGUCUCUCUCUCUCUCUCUCUCUCUGUCUCUCUCUCUGUCUCUCUCUCUCUCUUUGCCUUUCCUUUCUGUCUCACCCUCUAGCCAUCCCUGCCCCCACCAACCUUGAAUUCUCCCAGAUCACCUCCUCCUCCUUCACCAUCAACUGGCGCACCACAUCCAACACCCAUCUGACCGGUUACCGGGUGGUCAUCAACCCCAAGAACAAGAGCGGUCCCACCAAGGAGAUGAACGUUGCCCCUGACACAACACAGGUCCACGUGCCGGGACUCAUGGUAAUUAUAAAGGCUCAUACAUGCUUAUAACCUGUUAUAAAGCAUUAUAGCUGCAGACUUUCAAUCUGCAAUAUGUAACUUUUUGGGCGACCUGACCAAAUUCACAUAGAAAUAUGCGUUAUAGAUCUGUCAUUCGCAUUGAACACAAGUCUAAGAAGAGGUAGAUCUGUUCUAUGUGCGCUAUUUCUAUGCUUCCUGUUCUUAAGUUACAUUUUUGUGUCUUUUAACUUUCAGUUUUUUGUACAGCAGCUUCAAACAGCUGAAAAUACAAUAUUUUUGGUUAUUGAAAAUAUAUUUCACAGCGGUUUAGAUGGUACAAUGAUUCUCUACACCCCAGGGGUAUUCAACUCUUACCGAAUGAGGUCCAGAGACUGCUGGGUUUCUGCUCUACCUGGUUUCCCUCAUUAGAGGGGAACGCAGUGGCACUGGGCUUCGAGGUCCAGAGUUGAGUUGACGACAUUAUGCAUUGCAUUGUCAACUUUUAGAAUUUUAGCAACCAGGAAAUGGCGGAGCGAUUUCUGCAUACUGCACGUAUAACCAUCUCAUUUGAGACAUCUCUAACCCACAUCUCAACUGAGUCAAAGUCAUUAUGACAUGAUUAUAUGACAUUAUAAAAGGCACGUUUUACAUCGUAAUGCAUUAUAGUAAAGUGUUACCAAAAAUCUACAUGUGAUUUAUCCAUAACUUGAGGGAUGGAUCAUUUUAAAAUGCUUGAGUUUUUUUUUUUUUUUUUACAUUUCCUGUUCGCUAAAAGGAAAAGUAUUUUCGCCUGGAAUCCUUUCUACAGGUAGUCGACAGCUGUUAUUUCAUAGUUUGGGAUUUCCAGGCAUUUGUUUGAUGACCCUCCUCCAAUCCAAUGAGAGCUGUGGCGCUGGUCCCAAAUUAAACCCUAUUCACUACAUAGUGCACUAAUUUUGACCAGGACCGAUAUGGCUCUGGUGAAAUGUAGUGCGCUACAGUGAGGGGAAAAAAUAUAUUUGAUCCCCUGCUGAUUUUGUACGUUUGCCCACUGACAAGGAAAUGAUCAGUGUAUAAUUUUAAUGGUAGGUUUAUUUGAACAGUGAGAGACAGAAUAACAACAAAAAAAUCCAGAAAAACGCAUGUCAAAAAUGUUAUAAAUUGAUUUGCAUUCUAAUGAGGGAAAUAAGUAUUUGACCCCCUCUCAAUCAGAAAGAUUUCUGGCUCCCAGGUGUCUUUUAUACAGGUAACGAGCUGAGAUUAGGAGCACACUCUUAAAGGGAGUGCUCCUAAUCUCAGUUUGUUACCUGUAUAAAAGACACCUGUCUACAGAAGCAAUCAAUCAAUCAGAUUCCAAACUCUCCACCAUGGCCAAGACCAAAGAGCUCUCCAAGGAUGUCAGGGACAAGAUUGUAGACCUACACAAGGCUGGAAUGGGCUACAAGACCAUCGCCAAGCAGCUUGGUGAGAAGGUGACAAUAGUUGGUGCGAUUAUUCGCAAAUGGAAGAAACACAAAAGUCCUGUCAAUCUCCCUUGGCCUGGGGCUCCAUGCAAGAUCUCACCUCGUGGAGUUGCAAUGAUGAUGAGAACGGUGAGGAAUCAGCCCAGAACUACACGGGAGGAUCUUGUCAAUGAUCUCAAGGCAGCUGGGACCAUAGUCACCAAGAAAACAAUUGGUAACACACUACGCCGUGAAGGACUGAAAUCCUGCAGCACCCGCAAGGUCCCCCUGCUCAAGAAAGCACAUAUACAGGCCCGUCUGAAGUUUGCCAAUGAACAUCUGAAUGAUUGGUCAGAUGAGACCAAUAUCGAGCUCUUUGGCAUCAACUCAACUCGCCGUGUUUGGAGGAGGAGGAAUGCUGCCUAUGACCCCAAGAACACCAUCCCCACCGUCAAACAUGGAGGUGGAAACAUUAUGCUUUGAGGGUGUUUUUCUGCUAAGGGGACAGGACAACUAAACCGCAUCAAAGGGACGAUGGACGGGGCCAUGUACCGUCAAAUCUUGGGUGAGAACCUCCUUCCCUCAGCCAGGCCAUUGAAAAUGGGUCGUGGAUGGGUAUUCCAGCAUGACAAUGACCCAAAACACACGGCCAAGGCAACAAAGGAGUGGCUCAAGAAGAAGCACAUUAAGGUCCUGGAGUGGCCUAGCCAGUCUCCAGACCUUAAACCCAUAGAAAAUCUGUAGCUGAAGGUUUGAGUUGCCAAACGUCAGCCUCGAAACCUUAAUGACUUGGAGAAGAUCUGCAAAGAGGAGUUGGACAAAAUCCCUCCUGAGAUGUGUGCAAACCUGGUGGCCAACUACAGGAAACGUCUGACCUCUGUUAUUGCCAACAAGGGUUUUGCCACCAAGUACUAAGUCAUGUUUUGCAGAGGGGUCAAAUACUUAUUUCCCUCAUUUAAAAUGCAAAUCAAUUUAUAACAUUUUUGAUGUUUUUUUCAGGAUUUUUGUUGUUGUUAUUCUGUCUCUCACUGUUCAAAUAAACCUACCAUUAAAAUUAUAGACUGAUCAUUUCUUUGUCAGUGGGCAAACUUACAAAAUCAGCAGGGGAUCAAAUACUUUUUUCCCUCACUGUAUGUAGGGCAUAGGGUGCCAUUUGGGGCGUAACCUUGUGGUUUUGAAACCCGUCGUCUGCUAGACUAGCGAAGCCACAGCCUUGUCAUUUCCAGUUGACGAACAAAGAGUGCAACCAGCCUUAGUUACAGUCGUCCGUCUCUGUUCAACACAUUGAGUCAUCGAAACUGAAACAGUGCAUAAACUGGGAAUUUUAUAUUUUUGACUGAUAUUAUGAUUGUCUGUUUCAUAUCUGUAAAGUAGAUAAAAUACAGUCAGUUCCACUUUAAAGGACUAGAGGGUGUUUGGGAGAUGAUGGUGGUCCCAAUGAAUCGGUUUCUCCUGACUGUACUGGCUGUCUCUGUCUGUGAAGGGUGCUACUACGCAUGAGUCUCACUCAGUUUCACCUCUACUGUCUGUUUCUGUCUCUGUCUGUGAAGGGUGCUACUACGCAUGAGUCUCACUCAGUUUCACCUCUACUGUCUGUUUCUGUGUCUGUCUGUGUAGGUUGCGACUACGUAUGAGGUGCACGUUUAUGCCCUGAAGAACUCUCUGACGAGCCGCCCAGUUCAAGGAGAGGUCACAACACUGGACAGUGAGUUUCUCUGCCUCCUUCCCCUCCCUCUCUCUUUCCAUUCCCUCUCUCUCCUUCCUCUCUCGGUCUCUCUCUCUCUCUCUGUCUCUCUCUCUGUGUCUCUGUCUUUCUGUCUCUCUGUCUUUCUGUCUCUCUGUCUCUGUCUGUCUCUCUCUCUCUCUGUCUCUCUCUCUCGCUCUUUCUCUGUCUCUCUCUCUCUCUGUCUCUGUCUCUCUGUGUCUCUCUCUCUCUCGCUCUUUCUCUCUCUCUCUGUCUCUGUCUCUCUGUGUCUCUCUGUCUCUCCGUGAUCUCUGUCUCUCUUUCUCUCUUUCUCUCUCUCUCUCUCUCUCUCUCUCUCUCUCUCUCUCUCUAUAUCUCUCUCUCUCUCGUUCUCUGUCUCCUCUCUCUCUCUCGUCUCUCUCUCUCUCUCUCUCCUCUUCUCUCUAUGUCUCUCUGUCUCUCUGUCUCGUCUUGUCUCUCUCUCUCUCUAUCUCUCUAUCUCUCUCUCUCUCUCUCUCUCUCUCUCUCUCUCUCUCUCUCUCUCUCUCUCUCUCUCUCUCUCUCUCCUUCCUCUCCUUCCCACAGCUAGCUAUUCAGCAGUGAUGACAGGAGAACAUAUUGCUUUCAUCCUCUUUAUUCUGUUGCCUUAGCAACUGAUUAUCUUCAUGGGGUCCACAAAACAGAAGUUACAAAUAUAACAGACAUUACAAGCCUUUUAACAAUUUUAAGACAAAUAAAAUUUAAAAAACCUGCUAGAAAUCUCCUCUCCUCUCUCUGUGUUCCAGACAUCAGUCCCCCACGUCGCGUGCGUAUCUCUGACGUAAAGGACUCCUCCAUCACCCUGACAUGGCGAUCCAAGACUGAGACCAUCUCUGGCUUCCUGGUUGAGGCCACGCCCACCACUGGAGGCCGCACCCCCAUCCAGAGGACCAUCACCCCUGAUUCCCGCGCCUACACUAUCCAAGGUACCCCCCCCACAUACCUCCUACUCCCCUUGAAUCAGGUGACCCUGCUGCAGUCAACAUUCACUUCAGGGUCAUGUUCAUUAGGACAUGCAACAUUUUUAAAAUGUCUUGCAACAGAAAACGAAAAUGAGCAUUUCUUAUUGGACCAAGUCCAGGCAGUCUCUACCUGUUUCAGUCUUUUGGUGCCUAAUGAACACCACCCAGACUCAAUCCUGGAUCAUAUUAAUCUGGAACAUUUUCCACUUGUCUUCCACAGGUCUUCAGCCUGGCACUACCUACAAGAUCAACAUAUACACUCUGAACGGCAACGGCCGCAGUGCUCCCUUCACCCUCACUGCCACAACAGGUAUACGACCCGCACCGCGGAUAAGACCAGCGGCGCGCGAGACGGGGGACAAGCGCGCGAGAGACCAGACCUCGCGCGCGAGACGACCAGCCGCGCGCGAGACGACCAGCCGCGCGCGAGACGACCAGCCGCGCGCGAGACGACCAGCCGCGCGAGACGACCAGCCGCGCGAGACGACCAGCCGCGCGCGAGACGACCAGCCGCGCGCGAGAACGACCAGCCGCGCGCGAGACGACCAGCCGCGCGAGACGACCAGCCGCGCGAGGACGACCAGCCGCGCGAGACGACCAGCCGCGCGAGACGACCAGCCGCGCGCGAGACGACCAGCCGCGCGCGAGACGACCAGCCGCGCGCGAGACGACCAGCCCGCGCGAGACGACCAGCCGCGCGCGAGACGACCAGCCGCGCGCGAGGACGGACCAGCCGCGCGAGACGACCAGCCGCGCGGAACGACCAGCCGCGCGCGAGACGACCAGGCGCGCGCGAGAGACCAGCCGCGCGCGAGACGACAGCCGCCGCGGCGAGACGACCAGCCGCGCGAGACGACCAGCCGCGCGCGAGACGACCAGCCCCGCGCGAGACGACCAGCCGCGCGCGAGACGACCAGCCGCGCGCGAGACGACCAGCCGCGCGCGAGACGACCAGCCGCGCGCGAGACGACCAGCCGCGCGCGAGACGACCAGCCGCGCGAGACGACCAGCGCCGGCGAGACGACCAGCCGCGCGCGAGACGACCAGCCGCGCGCGAGACGACCAGCCGCGCGGAGACCACCAGCGCGCGCGAGACGGACCAGCCGCGCGCGAGGACGACCAGCCGCGCGCAGACGAACCAGCCGCGCGCGAGACGACCAGCCGGCGCGAGACGACCAGCCGCGCGCCCGCGCGCGAGAAGACAGCGCGCGGGAGAGACCAGCCUCGCGAGACGACCAGCCGCGCGAGAGACGACCACCCGCGCGCGAGACGACCAGCAGCGCGCGAGGACGACCAGCCAGCGCGAUACGACCAGCCGCGUCGAGAGAGACCAGCAGCGCGCGAGAGACAGCCGCGCGAGACGACCAGCCGCGAGAGACGACCAGCCGCGCGCGAGACGACCAGGCGCGCGAGACGACCAGCCGCGCGAGACGACCAGCCGCUCGCCCGCUCGCUAUACUACCAGCCUCUCUCUAUACUACCAUCCUCUCUAUACUACCAUCCUCUCUAUAUACUACCAUCCUCUCUCUAUACUACCAUCCUCUCUAUACUACCAUCCUCUCUCUAUACUACCAUCCUCUCUCUAUACUAAGGACCAGAUGUCGUUGUAUAUUUCUUUAUAUUAAUCUUACUAAGUAUACUGAUCAAAAAUAUAAAUGCAACAUGCAACAAUUUCAAAGAUUUACAAUUCAUAUGAGGAAAUCAGUCAAUUGAAAUAAUACAUGAAUUAGGCCCUAAUCUAUGGAUUUCACGACUGGGAAUACAGAUGUGCAUCUGUUGGUCACAGAUACCUUUAAAACAAUGUCACGGUAUUUCUGUGCAUUCAAAUUGCCAUCGAUAAAAUGCAAUUGUGUUCGUUGUCCGUAGCUUAUGCCUGCCCAUACCAUAACCCCACCGCCACCAUGAGGGACUCUGUUCACAACGUUGACAUCAGCAAACCGCUCACCCACAUGACACCAUACAUGUGAUCUGCGGUUGUGAGGCCUGUUGGACGUACUGCCAAAUGUUCUAAAAUGACUUUGGAGGCGGCUUUUGGUAGAGAAAUGAACAUUCAAUUGUCUGGCUACAGCUUUUUUGGACAUUCCUGCAGUCAGAAUGGCUCCCUCAAAACUUGAGACAUCUGUGGCAUUGUGUUGUGUGACAAAACUGCACAUUUUAGAGUGGCCUUUUAUGUUCCCCAGCACAAGGUGCACCUGUGUAAUGAUCAUGCUGUUUAAUCAGCUUCUUGAUAUGCCACACCUGUCAGGUGGAUGGAUUAUCUUGGCAAUGGAGAAAUGCUCACUAACAGGGAUGUAAACAAAUGUGUACCAUAAUAUUUAGAGAAAUAAUUUAAUCUCAUGAAACAUGGGACCAACACUUUACAUGUUGCGUUUAUAUAUUCUUUCAGUGUAGUUGCUUAAAGCUGUUAAGUGUGUCAGUUCUUUAAUUACUUUAUUAGGGUUAUUUGACAUUACAUAAAUCAACAUUUCUGUAAAUGUGCCAGAUUUAGCUGGUUCAGCCAGCGUAUUUUCAUCUGUAAAUUCUGUUCAUAGAACUGACUGUCUCCCUGUCUGUUUAUCUCUUGCAGCUAAGCCUGUGGUGUCUCCCCCCACCAACAUCCGGUUCACCUCCCUGACCCCCAGCAGCAUCUCCUUCACCUGGGAGGGUUCCCGUAGUGCCGGGGUCACCGGGUAUUACGUCACCUACGAGGAGGCAGGGGGCAUCCCCCGGGAACUCACCCCACGACCCACCGCUUACCGGAGCCAAGCCAUCAUCACUGGUAGGGCUCUCCUCCUCUUUUAGAUCCCAAAAGCGAAACUUAAGAACAGGAAGCAUAGAAAUAGCGCACAUAGAACCGAUCUACCGCUUCUUAGACUUGCUUUCAAUGAGAAUUAAAGAUCUAUAACUCACAUUUCUAUGUGAAUUUGGUCGGGUCGCCAACAAAGAUACAUACUGGACACAUUUUAGGGCUUUUCACACUUCUGAACCGAGUCGAAUCAAGCUGAGCUGGCCUGGUUACGCAUCCAUACACCUCAGUGGCUGUAAGCGUGCUUAAAUAGGAAAUACCAUACCAGUUUGGCCUAGCAUAAUAGUGUGAAAAGAGUUUCGAUCGAGGUGGGUUGUUUGUUUAUGAACAAAACUGAUGCAACCGUGGAGCAAAACGGGCGGGGCUUAGAAUCAAUGGAUUCAGGGCUGUACGGUGCGGCCAUUUUACUUGCAUAUGCGCCUAAAUAUUUUCCUGUGCGACCUGGAAUUUUUAUUUUAUUUGUCACGUGCUUCGUAGACAACAGGUGUAGACUAACAGUGAAAUGCUUACUUACAAUAAUGAGUGAAAAAUAACAUGGCUACAGUGUAUUGGGAAAGUAUUCAGAUCCCUUUCACUUUUUCCACAUUUUGUUACAUUACAGCCUUAUUCUAAAAUUGAUUUAAAUUGUUUUUUCCCCCCUCAUCAAUCUACACACAAUACCCCAUAAUGACAAAGCAAAAACAGGUUUUAGAAAUUUUUGCAAAUGUAUAAAGAAAACCCGUAAAUAUCACAUUUACAUAAGUAUUCAGUCCCUUUACUCAGUACUUUGUUGAAGCACCUUUUGGCAGCAAUUAAGCCUUGAGUCUUCUUGGGUAUGACGCUACAAGCUUGGCACAUCUGUAUUUGGGGAGUUUCUCCCAUUCUUCUCUGCAGAUCCUCUCAAGCUCUGUCAGGUUGGAUGGGGAGCGUCGCUGCACAGCUAUUUUCAUGUCUCUCCAGAGAUUUUCGAUCGGAUUCAAGUCAGGGCUCUGUCUGGGCCACUCAAGGACAUUCAGAGACGUGUCCCGAAGCCACUCCUGCGUUGUCUUGGCUGUGUGCUUAGGGUCGUUGUCCUGUUGGAAGGUGAACCUUCGCCCCAGUCAGAGGUCCUGAGCGCUCUGGAGCACUUCUUUUUUGUUUUAUUUUCCUGUGUAAUACUGAAUGUAUUAUUUAUUAUUAAACUAUGUAUGUAUUUUAUUGUUCAUUUUGCUUAUUUUGAGUGGUACAGGUUUUAUAAACAUAUCAUUUGAAAUGAAUAAUGUACCUGUAACCUGAUUCCCCACAUGGCAGCUUCUUGUCAUUGUUGUAGCUAUCCGACCGUUUAGAAUCACAACACAUCUGCCCCAUCGACGCGCGCCCAUAGUUUUCGUGACCUUGUCAGCUAACCCAUCUAUUGUAGCCUGUUUCUUUUACUAAGUCCCUCCCCCACACUCUGUUUAUUGUUUUUAGGUCUGAAACCAGGAACUGAAUACAUCAUCAAGAUCGUCACCCUGCAGAAUGCUCUGAGGAGCACCCCUCUAGUGGGCAGGGCUAGAACUCGUAAGUACAGCAAUCAACCUUCCCAUCUGAAAAUGAUGGAACCUUUAUUUAACCAGGGAAAGAGCCUUGAGGUCAGACACCUCUUUAUUUAACCAGGGAAAGAGCCUUGAGGUCAGACACCUCUUUAUUUAACCAGGGAAAGAGCCUUGAGGUCAGACACCUCUUUAUUUAACCAGGGAAAGAGCCUUGAGGUCAGACACCUCUUUUAUUUAACCAGGGAAAGAGCCUUGAGGUCAGACACCUCUUUAUUUAACCAGGGAAAGAGCCUUGAGGUCAGACACCUCUUUAUUUAACCAGGGAAAGAGCCUUGAGGUCAGACACCUCUUUAUUUAACCAGGGAAAGAGCCUUGAGGUCAGACACCUCUUUAUUUAACCAGGGAAAGAGCCUUGAGGUCAGACACCUCUUUAUUUAACCAGGGAAAGAGCCUUGAGGUCAGACACCUCUUUAUUUAACCAGGGAAAGAGCCUUGAGGUCAGACACCUCUUUAUUUAACCAGGGAAAGAGCCUUGAGGUCAGAUACCUCUUUAUUUAACCAGGGAAAGAGCCUUGAGGUCAGACACCUCUUUAUUUAACCAGGGAAAGAGCUUGAGGUCAGACACCUCUUUAUUUAACCAGGGAAGAGCCUUGAGGUCAGCAGAUACCCUCUUUAUUUAACCAGGGAAAGAAGCCUUGAGGCAGAACCUCUUUAUUUAACCAGGGAAAGAGCCUUGAGGUCAGACACCUCUUUAUUUAACCAGGGAAAGAGCCUUGAGGUCAGACACCUCUUUAUUUAACCAGGGAAAAGAGCCUUGAGUCAGACACCUCUUUAUUUAAACCAGGGAAAGAGCCUUGAGGUCAGAUACCUCUUAUUUAACCAGGGAAAGAGCCUUGAGGUCAGAUACCUCUUUAUUUAACCAGGGAAAGAGCCUUGAGGUCAGACACCUCUUUAUUUAACCAGGGAAAGAGCCUUGAGGUCAGAUACCUCUUUAUUUAACCAGGGAAAGAGCCUUGAGGUCAGACACCUCUUUUCUGAACGCAACAAAUUAUGUUUAAAUGAGGAAGAAGAAGAAAGAGAAGUUAUUACAAAACCAGUGAAACUCUGUGUGAAUAUGUGCCUGUUGUAACAAUGGCUUUUGCAGGCAAGCAAUUCAUGCAUACUGAGGCAGCACAAAUGUAAGCUCAGCUGAUGUGCUUUAAGAUAAUGCUCUGACCUUUUGAAUAUCUAAACUAAGUUAUUCAAAAGUUGCGAUGUACACUAGUGGCAAGCUUUGCAGUUUGCAGUAGCUUCCCAUUAAAUCCAGCUCCAACAGGGAAGACAAGAGGACUCUAUCUGUAGUGUCCCAAUCAUUCCCCCUGCUGGUUGAACCUAGCUACUGCAGAUCCUGCUGGUUGAACCUAGCUACUGCAGAUCCUGCUGGUUGAACCUAGCUACUGCAGAUCCUGCUGGUUGAACCUAGCAACCGCAGAUCCUGCUGGUUGAACCUAGCUACUGCAGAUCCUGCUGGUUGAACCUAGCUACUGCAGAUCCUGCUGGUUGAACCUAGCUACUGCAGAUCCUGCUGGUUGAACCUAGCUACUGCAGAUCCUCUCCUCACGGUCUCUUAACGCUCUGCUUGCUCUGCUCCUAACCCGUCUCUCUGCUAGAACUGGCAUCCCAGCUCCCCGUGCCCCAGCUCCCUGUGUCCCACCGGCCCAGUCCCGACAUCCUGGACGUGCCCGAGGACGAGGUUAACCCCAACCUCCCCACCGACCUCGACUUUAACCCCAGCAACCCUAGUUUCAACACCAACCCCAAUGGAAACCCCAACUACCCUGCCAACACCAACCCUAACCCCAACUACCCUGCCAACCCCAACCCCAACUAUAACGGCAACCCCAACGGGAACACCAACUUCAACCCUGCCAACCCUAAUGGGAAACCCAACUUUAAUGUGAACGCCAACCCCAACCCUAACCCCAACCUCCCCCUCAACCCCAACGGCAACCCCAACAGCAACCCCAACCAGUUCAACCCCAACAGCAACCCCAACCAGUUCAACCCCAACGGCAACCCCAACAGCAACCCCAACCAGUUCAACCCCAACAGCAACCCCAACCAGUUCAACCCCAACGGCAACCCCAACCAGUUCAACCCCAACAGCAACCCCAACGGCAACCCCAACCAGUUCAACCCCAACCAGUUCAACCCCAACACCAACCCCAACCAGUUCAACCCCAACGGCAACCCCAACAGCAACCCCAACCAGUUCAACCCCAACGGAAACCCCAACAGCAACCCCAACCAGUUCAACCCCAACAGCAACCCCAACCAGUUCAACCCCAACCACCCCCUCAACCCCAAUAGGAACCACAACUUAAACCCCAAUGGCAACCCCAACCAGUUCAACCCCAACACCAACCCUAAACCCAACUUUCCCCUCAACCCCAACACCAACCCCAACACCAACCCUAACGGGAACCCCAACUUCUAUGGUAGCGGCAACCUUAACCCCAUUUCUAACCCCAACACUAACCCCAACCCCAACCUACCCCUCAACCCCAGCGGGAACCCCAACCCCAACUAUAACGGCAAUGUGAACCCCAACUACCCCCUCAACCCCAACGGGAAUCCCAACACCAACCCUAACCCCAACUUCAACACCAACCCUAACCCCAACUACCCCCUCAACCCCAACGGGAAUCCCAACACCAACCCUAACCCCAACUACCCCCUCAACCCCAACGGGAAUCCCAACACCAACCCUAACCCCAACUUCAAUACCAACCCCAGCACCAACUACCCCCUCAACCCCAACGGGAAUCCCAACACCAACCCUAACCCCAACUACCCCCUCAACCCCAACGGGAACCCCAACUUGAACCCCAACUUCAACGACAACCAUUUCCAGCUGGUGGGGACUAACGGCCAGGACACGCUGGGCCAGCAGGGCCAGCACAUCUACACAGAGUACCAGAGCUUGGGCCCCAACCCCAACGGCAGGGACAACCAGGGCCAGGGCCCAGCUAUCCACCACCGUGAGCCCCUGGUCUACGUCCCCGUCCCGGGCCCCGAUGGCCAGAGAGUGCCCCUGGUCCGGGUGAACGAGGGUCCGUUAUCGGGUCUUCCGUUUGGGUUCCCUGAGAAUGAUACCGGGUUUGGGGUACCGCAGGAGGCCCAGACACACACCACCAUCUCAUGGCAGGGCCUGCCCCAGAGCUCAGAGUACCUGGUGUCCUGUAACCCCAUCACCAACCUCGACGAGAAGAUGUUCCAGGUGAUUAUACUACACACAAAUGCCAUGAAGAAAAAUACUUUUCAUUUAGAUGAACUGUAGCAAAGGUGUACUAGCGUACCUAUACUUCUCUUUACAGCAAAAAAAAAAAAAAAAGUCCUGUUCUCAGUACAUGGUGUCAGAAGUGAAUGAUUCUGAUGUGACAUCACAGGUGUUUCUAUCUGCUGUUCCCCAUAAUGAACCCUGACCUCAUCUCUCUACCAGAUGCGAUUACCGGGCACCUCUACCAGUGCCACUCUGAUCGGGCUGACACCUGGGGCCUCCUAUGGCGUCGUCGUGGAGGCCAUGAGAGGGCAGGGCAGGGAGAAGGUCCUGGAGGAGAUAGUCACCGUUGGCAACGCUGGUACUACACUUUGUCAGUACCCUGUGGUGGUGUGCCGUGGUCAUGGAAUAACAAUGAAUAGCAUUAGACCUUUCAAUUAAUACUUUUUCAUGAGUUUAUGUAUUGUUGUCCAACGCCCUUCUAAUGUAUUGUUUUGAAGCUGGUAAUCAGUUCUUUGGUUUCGUUGGACCAGUUGUUUAGUAUUUGGAAAUCACAUCUGUUGAUAAAUAGUUAUGUUUGUCCGUCUGUUGGUAAAUAGUUAUGUUUGUCAGUCUGUUGAUAAAUAGUUAUGUUUGUCCGUCUGUUGAUAAAUAGUUAUGUUUGUCCGUCUGUUGAUAAAUAGUUAUGUAUGUCCGUCUGUUGAUAAAUAGUUAUGUAUGUCCGUCUGUUGAUAAAUAGUUAUGUAUGUCCGUCUGUUGAUAAAUAGUUAUGUUUGUCCGUCUGUUGAUAAAUAGUUAUGUUUGUCCGUCUGUUGAUAAAUAGUUAUGUUUGUCCGUCUGUUGAUAAAUAGUUAUGUUUGUCCGUCUGUUGAUAAAUAGUUAUGUUUGUCCGUCUGUUGAUAAAUAGUUAUGUUUGUCCGUCUGUUGAUAAAUAGUUAUGUUUGUCCGUCUGUUGAUAAAUAGUUAUGUUUGUCCGUCUGGUUGUUGUUUUGCUUUGUAAUUGUUUGUUAACAUGUUUUGUCCCUUCUCUCUCCCCCUAGUUCCAGGAGACAACCUCCCCUCCAGCAGAGAUGUGUGUUAUGACACGUUCACAGCCACCUACCAUGAUGUGGGUGCAGAGUGGGAGCGUAUGUCAGAGACAGGCUUUAAGCUGUGGUGCAGGUGUCUGGGGCUGGGCAGUGGCCAUUUCAGAUGUGAUUCAUCCAGUGAGUGACUCUAACCCAUCCCAUAAUGCUUCUAAUAUAAACCCCCUUAUAUUUUACCUUAGCAUGGGCAGACCUGACGCAGACGACCAAGAGGGAAAAAAAAGACUAAAUUAUAUGGUUAUGGUAUUUAUUUUCUCUUAUUAAUAGCAUUUGUUAAUAUGACUAAAUCAUUCAAAGCAGAAAUUCAAUUAAAGCCAUUCUUAAAUCAUUGGUCAUGUACAUUUUAUUCCUGCUCUGGGAUACAUAGAUGUGCUAGAAGGUUAAGGUCUGCCCAUGCUAGUCCCUGCAGCAUGUUGGCGUCUACUGUAGUAAAACAUGCCACUGACAGGGCUAGAGCUCGUUGUGUCUGGGGUUUGUAUUGUCAGUCCAUAACCAGACGAUACCAAACCCUGAGAUAUCAUGCCAUCAUCAUGUCUGAAUGCUAAAGGUCAUGGGUCAAAUGACUGAUGUGUUUGUGUGUGUGUGUAUGAGGGAUGAAUUGUCCAAUUUGGGUCUCAGUGAAGCUCAGAAUGUUGGGUCCAAUCAGACUCCUUUCUCCACCAGAGUGGGAGGAGUCGAGGAGACAUGGCCAUCUAUCCCCCAAAACCUUCAUUUGGAUUUGUUGAACUAGUAUCAUCUCCCCCUCCCUCCCCGUCCUCUCUCCUACCUCCCCACCUAUCCCCUUCCUCACCCCUCCACCCACCUACUCCCCUCUUCACCCUCUCCCUCCUACAGAGUGGUGUCAUGACAGCGGGAACAACUACCAUAUAGGAGAGAAGUGGGACCGCCACGCUGAGAACGGUCACAUGAUGAGCUGUACUUGCUUGGGCAAUGGGAAGGGAGAGUUCAAGUGCGAGCCACGUAAGUACUGCAGGCUACUAGCUUAGACAUCAAUGAAUGGUUGCCAAGUUGUUCAAUUCACACCAGCGUGUACAAGUCCACAGAUCCUUUUAAUACUACUGAGCCGAGCUGUACUGUUCUGGCCUGGUAAUGCAUCCACCAUAGUUGCUGGACAGAACAAGGUGAAAAGAAAAUAUCCAAUCCACAGUAAAGUUUGGGUCGCUACGACACUGUGACAAGGGCAAGAGAAUUACCAGAGACCUACUGCACUGCACGUUGUUAUGGUGAAUGAUCUAUCUGUCUGUGUUUCUACAGAUGAGUCGACGUGUUAUGACGAUGGGAAUAUGUACCAGGUGGGCAACCAGUGGCAGAAGGAAUACCUGGGAGCUAUCUGCACCUGCACCUGCUACGGAGGACAGCAGGUAUCACCACCAAUUCCAUACUGUGGAGCACAGGAUGUUGUGUAGUAUACGGGAUGUUGUGUAGUACACGGGAUGUUGUGUAGUACACAGGAUGUUGUGUAGUACACGGGAUGUUGUGUAGUACACGGGAUGUUGUGUAGUACACAGGAUGUUGUGUAGUACACAGGAUGUUGUGUAGUACACAGGAUGUUGUGUAGUACACAGGAUGUUGUGUAGUACACAGGAUGUUGUGGUGUAGUACACAGGAAGUAAAAGAAAAGCACAGAUGAGGGGAGUCUAGACUAGGCAGGAGUUGUGAACGUGUGGUAAACUGGAUGCAGUAUGCUCCAUGUGGUGGAUUAUCAAAGUAAAUUGAAUUCUACAGGCUCCGACACUCGUUGUGGCAGGGCUUGCAAACUAUUACGGACUACAAAGGGAAGCACAGCCGCGAGCUGCCCAGUGACACAAGCCCACCAGACGAGCUAAAUUACUUCUAUGUGUGCUUCGAGGCAAGCAACACUGAAGCAUGCAUGAGAGCACCAGCUGUUCCGGAUGACUAUGUGAUCACGCUCUCCGUAGCCGAUGUGAGUAAGACUUUUAAGCAGGUUCAACAUUCACAAGGCCGCAGGGCCAGACGGAUUACCAGGACGUGUACUCCGAGCAUGCGCUGACCAACUGGCAAGUGUCAUCACUGACAUUUUCAACCUCUCCCUGACCGAGUCUGUAAUACCUACAUGUUUCAAGCAGACCACCAUAGUCCCUGUGCCUAAGAACACCAAGGUAACCUGCCUAAAUGACUAUCGACCCGUAGCACUCAAGUCGGUAGCCAUGAAGUGCAUUGAAAGGCUGGUCAUGGCUCACAUCAACACCAUUAUCCCAGAAACCCUAGACCCACUCCAAUUUGCAUACUGCCCCAACAGAUACACAGAUGACGCAAUCUCUAUUGCACUCCACACUGCCCUUUCCCACCUGGACAAGAGGAACACCUAUGUGAGAAUGCUAUUGACUACAGCUCAGCGUUCAACACCAUAGUGCCCUCAAAGCUCAUUACUAAGCUAAGGACCCUGGGACUAAACACCUCCCUCUGCAACUGGAUCCUGGACUUCCUGAUGGGCCACCCCCAGGUGGUAAGGGUAGGUAACAACACAUCUGCCACGCUGAUCCUCAACACGGGGGCCCCUCAGGGGUGCAUGCUCAGUCCCCUCCUGUACUCCCUGUUCACCCAUGACUGCAUGGCCAGGCACGACUCUAACACCAUCAUUAAGUUUGCCGACGACACAACAGUGGUAGGCCUGAUCACUGACAACGAUGAGACAGCCUAUAGGGAGGAGGUCAGAGACCUGGCAGUGUGGUGCCAGGAUAACAACCUCUCCCUCAACGUGACCAAGACAAAGGAGAUGAUUGUGGACUACAGGGAAAAAAAGAGGACUGAGCACGCCCCCAUUCUCAUCGACGGGGCUGUAGUGGAGCAGGUUGAGAGCUUCAAGUUCCUUGGUGUCCACAUCACCAACAAACUAACAUGGUCCAAACACACCAAGACAGUCGUGAAGAGGGCACGAUAAAGCCUAUUCCCCCUCAGGAGACUGAAAAGAUUUGGCAUGGGCCUCAGAUCCUCAAAAAGUUAUACAGCUGCACCAUCGAGAGCAUCCUGACUGGUUGCAUCACCGCCUGGUAAGGCAACUGCUCGGCAUCUGACCGCAAGGCGCUACAGAGGGUAGUCACUGGGGCCAAGCUUCCUGCCAUCCAGGACCUCUAUACCAGGCGGUGUCAGAGGAAGGCCCUAAAAAUUGUCAAAGACUCCAGCCACCCUAGUCAUAGACUGUUCUCUCUGCUACCGCACGGCAAGUGGUACCGGAGUGCCAAGUCUAGGUCCAAAAGGCUUCUUAACAGCUUCUACCCCCAAGCUAUAAGACUCCUGAACAGCUAAUCAAAUGGCUACCCGGACUAUUUGCAUUGUUGCUCUUUAAUUAUUUGUAAUUUUUCUAUUUUAUUUAUUUUUUACUUCAGUUUAUUUUAGUCAAUACUUUCUUAACCAACAAUGCAGUUAAGAAAAAUAAGUGUUAAGGGCUUGUAAGUAAGCAUUUCACUGUAAGGUCUACAGCUGUUGUAUUCGGCGCAUGUGACAAAUAAAAUGAGAUUUGGACUUCAGUGAAUGUAAGGACACAACAGAUGUAUGAGAGUGUCAGUGCAUUUGUUCUAUGUGGUGAACGGCGUGUCAUCUCCCCAGGGCUGGCGCUGUGAGAACUGCAGAAGACCAGGAGCUCAGACUGAGGUGGAUGUGGAUCUGCUAGAUUCUCAAAUACACCAAGACGCAUUUGACCGCUACAGGGAGAACGCCCUGAAAAAACUGGUGGGUGUUCCGGCCUCUCAGUCAUAGAGAUACAAUAUUAUACAGUUUCCCUGACCAAGAUGGCCGUCCGGCAGUUAUGUUAAAGGUUUGCCACUGACCAUUCUAGUGUUUUUAUUUAAUUCUGUGCUCCUAGGAUUCUAAAGACUGGCCCAUAAUAACGUUGACACAAAUGUCUUUGUGACGUCCCAUAUGUCAAUAGAGAUUGUAUAUCAGGUGUACAUGCAUUUCCUUACUGACUAUCAUGCAAACAUGUACUUUAAAUGAACUGAACGUUUCCUUUCUGUCUUCCAACAGAACAUCCAGUGUCCUAUAGAGUGUCUGAGACCAGAGCUCCUAGCGGACUCCCAGCAGCCCUCAGAGUAA